AUGCCGUCUGUUUUCUUAGUAGGCCCCGGCCUGAUCGGAGGAGAAGUGCUCGACCUUCUCGUCAAGAAUAAAGAAUAUGAAAUCACAACCCUCGUGCGCAGAGAAUCCGCCCGUCCAGCCUUCCACGAACUGGGCGUAAAGACCGUCCUGGGCUCUCUGAGUGACACAGAUACAAUUACAUCGCAAACAGCCGCUAGCGACAUCGUCAUCCACGCAGCCACCGCCGACGACCUCCCCUCUGUGCAGGCCAUUCUAGCCGGAGUCCGCUCACGCACCCAGCACGGACAGGAAACAGUCUACAUCCACACCAGCGGCGCAAGCCUCCUCGGCGAUAAUUCCGAGGGAUCCCACAAGAACGAAUUCGUCUUCGACGACGAGACGCCCAACUCCAUCGACGCACUACCGGACUCGGCAGCACACCGCGAAAUCGACCUGGCUAUUGUGAAUGCACGCAAAGAGCUGGCGUCGCAUGCAAAGUUCGCUAUCAUGAUUCCGCCGGUGAUCUACGGCGUCAGCUCGCGCGAGAAGAGACUCUCCAUCCAGCUUCCGACCAUGGUGCGGUAUUCCAUCAAACAUGGCUAUGCUGGUAUGGUCGGGCAGGGUCGUUCUGUGUGGAACCAGGUGCAUGUCAAGGAUCUUGCCCGCGGCUACAUAACCCUGCUAAACUGGAUGGAGCAGGCUUCGUGUAGUGAGGUCAGUGAGAACCCGUACUUCUUCUGCGAGAACGGUGAAGAGCUCUCGUGGGGGCAGUGUGCCGAGAGGAUUGGGCGUAUAUUGCACAAGGCUGGCAAGGUAGCGGAUCCGACUCCGAAGACUAUCCCGGCUGGGAACUAUGGUGAUCUUUUCGGCGAGUUUUCGGGCCUUGUCGUUGGGUCUAAUGCGCGGAAUUGUGCGAAUCGACUGCGCAAGAUGGGUUGGGAGCCUCAGGAGAAGAAUACCUUUGCCUCCCUGGAAGAGGACGAGAUUCCUCUCAUCUUGCAGGAGACGGCGGAGUUCAAGGGGUAUGCUGCACCGGUUGCGUCGGGGGCGUUUGAGGGGAAGAAGUAG